AUGCAUGCAAAAACAGGAAGACUGAAGGCUGACAAACACGGAGGAGCGGCUCCAUGUGAGGAGAAGAACAACGUGAGACAUCCGGACGGCAUAUGGUGAGCUCUUACUCAUCCUCCGCUGGUUCAGUUCGGACCUGCAGUCUGCGAGGCAAAAAAAACGGUGGCGUCGGGUCGCCUCGUUUGCUCGAAAGUCCAGCGGCCGUUUUUUCUGACGUUUUGUCUUUUUUGACGCUCCGCAAAGCACCGAAGCAACAAACGAAAGAUUUUUUCUUCCGUUUGCGACAAAUGCCCUAA